AUGGCAAAUGAUCACGAACCUACUACAUUUGAAGAAGCAUUCGAACGUUACAUUGAAUAUCGAACACGUUUUGAACGUCUUGAAAAUGAUUUCGAUGAAUAUCAACAAUCAUCAUUAAAUUAUGAACAAGAAUUAGAAGUACAACUAAAACAAUUAGACAGUCAAUCACACAGAUUACAACAAGAACUGUUUGUUGAACGUACGCAAAAUGAACAAUAUCGUGAACGUAGCGAACAAACAAUAAAACAAUUUGAUAAGCGGCUUGAUCAGUUACAAGAAGAAUUAAAUGCGUGUAAAAAUUUAAAUGAAAAACUAACGACCUACAUACGAGAACUAGAACAAACUAAUGACGAUCUUGAGAGAAGUAAACGAACAUUACUAGAUAGUUUAUCAACGUUUGAAACGCAAUUAAAUCGCGCAUUAGAACAGAAUGCUUUAUUAGAAAAUGAACUUGACGAAAAACAACAGCUAACUGAAACUGUCCAACGACUACGUGAUGAAACCAGAGAUCUACGUGAAGAACUUGAUGUGUUACAUAAGACAAAUACAGAAAAAACUAUGAAUGCAAUGAAUGCGCCUGCAAAAGGAACACCUAUUGUAAAUAGUAGUCGAAUGAAAAGUAUUUUAUCCGAAGCAGCAGCUUCUGGGACAACACCAACACAUGAUUCGACUUAUCGACAAGGCUUGAGCAACGGUCAUCACAAAGUACCAUCGUCUUUACAUGGUUACAAAAAUGGUGUUACAACUCCAUCCACACCCAAACCUCCAUCGUUAUCUUCUGUUACAGAUUUUAAUCGGAAUACUAUUCCGGGUUCUCCAUCAUUAUCAACAGAACAGCCAAUAACAACGAAUAUAAAUAGUCCAAACGGUUAUACAACAACUCUGCCAAAUGAUUUUACCCAACCAUUGUCGAUUCCAACUCGAUUACAAUCGCUAAAUUUAAUAAAUGAAGCAUUUAGACGUUUUAGCGCUAUUGAAGCCACAUUAGCAGCUCAACGUAAACAAUCUCAAAUGACCUCAUCAUCCAUAAGCUCACAUCGUUCGCGUAUGAAUCCAGCAGGAAAUAAUUCUACAACUAAACAACAACAACAGCAAAAUAAUGAAUCGACUAUGGCUCAGGCACAAUCUUAA